UUUCUGAAAAAAAAAAAACAAUUUCCAUAAUCGACAGACUUCAUCAAACACAAAAAUAUGUUUCUGAUUUCACAUCAUCUUCGUCUCUUCCAACACUAACGUUGACAUUCACAUAUCUUGGCACCCGUCGUUGUUUACAGUUGAAGCCCUUCCCUUGUUCGCCGACUAUCUCACCUGCGAUGCAAGGCAUGUUGAGGCCCGGCGAGACGAGGCAGACAGCCCCCCAGCCUCUACUCCGUCGCAACAACGCAGCAAAUCGACAACAAACUUGGGGAAUUUGGGGAAGAGGAUACGAUGUGCACAGUGCACAUAAGGUGCUCGAUGAAAUGCCGGAAUCACUGGAUGCAGUUUUCAAGGCUUUUGAGAAGAUGUCUAAGCCAUGGAUGACCGUUAUCAAUCUGGUUGAUGUCCAUUCUGGUGAUCUUUUAGCUGUUUCAAAGAUUCGUGGAAGAUGAGGUGGCUUUGAAACAUUGGAGAAGUGGGUCACUGGCUCAUUUGCUGGUCAUACAACAAUUUGUUUGAUGGAUGAAUUCGGUAAUCUUUGCGAUAGGAAAGCACUAGUUCAGACCCAUAAUUCCACAUCCGUGGACCCGAAUCGGAGAUGGAUUAACUUGACCCAGUUAGAGUAUCCAAAUACUUGACUGUAAUUUUUGGGUUAGAUUUGCUUGUAGUUUGCUUAGGCAUGAUAUGAAGCAGUUUCAUCUGAGUCAAAAAAUCGAUCGUGUAUUGCUGCAGAUUCUGUAUUUCGUAUACAAGAACAUUGUAUUUGGGCUUACGUUAUUCUACUAUGAACUCUAUUCCAAAUUCUCGGGGGACGUGUUACAUGACGGAUGGUAUAUGCUUAUGUUCAUCCUGAUGUCCGUGAAGAGACAAAGGUAAAAAGUACAUUGAUAAUGUGAAAAGUUUUUGAAAAUUGGUAUAUUUAACAUGGUUUGGAUUUGUAUGGAAUUCUUGAAGAGACAGAAAAACAAGGCAUGUCCUUUGAUGAGUUGCUAACAAUCCCAGAAAAUGAUGAAUGGAUGUACAGUGAUGGGAAAUCAACAACUUGUGUUGCCUUCAUUCUGCUAUGGACUGAAAACAUGAAGUGUUGGAAGAAUUAUAGGAACUCUAGAAAAAGUGUGUGCUGUUGUACAAUGAAUAGACAAUGUACACGUUGAUAGAAAAUGUAUAAAACAUAAGUAUUUUUUUUUUUGAUUGAGCUGAAGUAACA